AGGCGUCCAGUACAUGCCUGUCGUCGUGCCGAUGAACAAGCUGCAGGAGGGUGCGUUUCCAGGCGCGGUUCCCAUCGCGCAGAUGCAGAACGGCCAGGGCGGGGCGCGGCCAGUCGCCAUGCAGAACGGCCAGAUGCAGCAGAUGCAGAUGAACGGCGCGCAGCCGAAUGGUGGCGCCAUGCUGAGCAACGCCAUGUUCGGCAACGGCAUGCUGCCCCCCAACAUCAUGCCCAUCGGCCUGCUGCCGCCUGGCGUGGUGCCCGCGCCAGGCAUGGCUGGCGGCCAGGGCGGCCCGGGCCCCUUCCGGGGGGCCGGCGGCCCGCCGGACCGCUCGUCGCGGCCCAUGCGCGGGCGCUCGCCGGCGGACCGCGGGAGGAGAGGGAGCCCGAGGCCCCGCCGCAGGCGGCGCAGGACUGGGAGUCGCUGAGGCGCCCCGCGUCGCCCGGCAUGCGCCGCCCCGUGCGGCCGUCGCCCCUCGGCCAGCCGACGGACGAGCCGGCAGACGAGCGGCCCGAGCGGCCCACAGGCGGGCCGCGGCCGUCCCCGUUCGCGUCGGCCAAGCCGGUCGACAUCAAGAGCAGGGACGUGGAGGAGACAAUCACAAGGCGGAGGCGGAGCAGCCCUCGCAGCUGCCGCAAAUGGGCAACCAGGCCAAGGAGCCGUGGCGGCCCACGAACAGGGCUGGCUCCCCAGGGCGCGCGGUGCGCCAGGG